GUCCCAGGUCUCAAACCUCCAAUCUCAAAUCUCUCCAAUCCUCCCCUCCCUGACUUCACACAUUCAAAUUUAUACCCGCCCUCCCGGUUUGCCCUCACAUCCUCUUUUUCCUUUUAAAUCCAUACCGCCCGGGAUCCAUCGCUCCUUUACUUGCCAUUCUUCAAUUGAACGCGAAACGAGGAGGAUAAUAUCGACCUAGCACACAGCACACCUUCUUCUCUCUCUCUCUCUCUCUCUCUCUCUGCUCUCCCUCUUGCUAUCGAUCGUGGUCGUUCGGAAAGACAGGAGCAAGGAACAUUGACUACUAUCUUCAUAUCCCCUCCCCAAACUCAAACGCCAACCUAAGGGGAGAAAAAAAAAAUUAAGGUUGCUCCGAGCCCAUCCAUACCACCCAUACCACCCAUACCACCCAUACCCAUCCAUCCAUACAUCCCAUCCAUACCCAUCCCAUACCACCACCACCAUUCAAAUUCACGCCAACUCCCAAAAAACUUACGCAUACAUACCGCAUCUCGAUUUUUAAAGGCCUCACUUUGGGACUACGCUUUUUAGCUUCACAGGAAAAAUACAUUCCUUGGUCUGUAGCCUCGCAGCACACACUCUAGCCAACUACAGCUUACUUGGAUUAAUUCGAACCUCUUACGAGUCUUUACGUUUGCUUUGCGACCAAUUAAAUCCUUCUUCUCAUUGAUUCCUCAUUAUUGUCCCCGCAGUCUCCAUUUCUCAUACAUCAAUAUGAUGGCCGAUGUCCCUCGAAGGAAACCAAUGCCACCUGGUUUCCAAACUUCUCCUUCUGCUCCUUCAUACAACAAUCACAGCCGAACUCGCACGAUCUCUUCGAAUACUUUUCCUUCCAUCAAUUACCCUCCUCAACCUCCCCCUCCACCUCAGAACCAACAAACGCUCUAUCCAGGAAAUAUGCAGAUAAGCGGUUUCUCGUCCAGGAGAACGCCGUCGACGGGUACCUUUUCGACAACGGCGAGCAGUGGGAAUGGCCCUGUGCCAUAUCGUGGCUCUCAAGAUUUGAGGAGGUCCACGUCUUCACGAUCGGGAAAUUUACAACCGCAAGGUUAUGUGGCUCUGAUGCGAAAACAAAAGGCGACGGUGUGGUGUGAUCGAUCGCAACACGAAGAUCCACGAUUGAUCGCUCAACAAAAAGCGGCCAAGGAAAGAGCAGCGGCUGCAGUACUUGGUGGACCUUUACAAGGAAGGAUAUCGACUGGUGGCACCAACAGCUUAGUGGGAAGUAAUCGAGUGACGGCGAAGAUAAGACAUCAUGGGAAAGCCGGGUUGGUAGGAUAUAGUCCGGGAGAUCUUGUCGGAGGUGUAGUCGGUGUGCCAAUGAGAUUAAGUGCUAGUGAGGUGGAAGGUGGAGACAGUGAUGAUGAUGGAGAUAGCGGAAGAGUUUUAUAUCACCGAAGGACGGGUUCCGGACGCAGUAGUGUUGGCAGUGCUAGGAGGGGUCUUACAUAUUCACGACAAUCCGGUGCAAGUUCGACAGCUGGCAGAUGGAGCUCAGGCCACACGCCACCUAGUGAAAGGCGAGAAUCUUUCGCAGAUGUGGCAGAAGCUGGAGAAACUCCCGUUCCGGUCGAACAUUCUCAUGCGAAGGGUUAUUUUGAAGGUGGUGAUGGAACGAGAAGUGCAGGCGGAAGUAUCAGUAGUGGAGAACGAGCGGAUGGAAUUGCGGAUUUGAACUCGAAUGAUGCCGCGAGAUUGGCAAGUAACAGCUUGCUUAAAGCAACAAUCACACGCGAAAAGAGUGUGAGGAAUCCCGACGAAUUAAGGCGAAGAGGCAGUGUCGACGAACGAACUACAACCAUGACUCUCGGCGCUGGCCGAUUAUUUAUUGCCAACCCGGACCAUUCGGAUAGUGAUUGAGCGAGCUUGGAGGAGCGCCCGACGAGUUAAAAAUACACGAGAUUAAGGAACCUGCGAGUGCGAAUGGAGAUACCUUUAUUAGACGACGGAAUUCACGUCACCAACAUCACAUCACAUCACAUUGAUGAAAAUAACAUUACUUUGUUUUGGAGCAAAAGAGCAAAGCAAGCAACUGCAUUCAAAAGGCGUAGCAUUGGAGUACUUUGGAAUUACAUGGCAAUAUCAAUUUGGAUUGGUUUAUUGGGGUUAUUUGUGGUUGAUAUACAGUCUUCCUUUUUUUACACAUGGAAGUGGAUGGUUUUUGGAUUGGGCAUAUGGUGCUUUAAUCAACGCUGCUUGUUUUGUUGAGGUUAUGGAUGGAUGGAAUUGACGGAAUUGAAGGAAUUGAAGAGAAUUGAAUGGAGAACAAUCGUUUUUAGCGUGGCAUUGAUUUUAGUGGAUUGACUAGCCUAGGGGAAAGGCUUGAUUAGGGGGAGAGAUGAUGGAUGGAUGGAUGGAUGGAUGGAUGGAUGGAUGGAUGGCAUGGCCUGGAUGGCGCAUACUGAUAUACGGACUGGACACACAUAUACUUAGAAGGAGAUAAUGGUAUACUGAAUGAUGAAGACGAAUGAGUCUGGAAUAUUGAAUUGGCUA